GUUGUUGUGUUACUCGCUCGCAACGGCGAGCGAAACAACUACUCUUGACCCGAAUUUGCUCUGAGCAUCAGUCGCGGUGCUCGAAACCGGCGAGAUCUGGUCCGGGUGGGGGCCGUCGAUCGGCACCCGGACUUCCGAAGACUCUCGACAGGGCCGGCGCAGGUGCGCGGGGUUGAUCUCGGGACGGCUGCGGGAAUCCCAGCGGGCAGGACGUGCGGCCGCCAGCUCGGAGGGAUUUCCCUGGCCGGCGUGGCGGGGAGUCGAGAGAGCGGCCGUCCGCGCCGAGCGAUGGCCGCGCACAACCAGACGCGAGAGUAGCAUGCUGGCUCUGUCGUCGGACGGAGCCAACCCUUUGGCCGGACUGUGCCGCGUGUGCGCCGCCGCCGACGAACCCGUCGCCAGCAUCUUCGGCCACGACGGCGUCCGUCAACAGUUGCGGCAAAAGAUCCAGGUCUGCCUCAGGAUAAUUGUCGACGAGACUGAUCUCUUGCCAAACACGCUGUGCGGCCCUUGCGCGGCCAGACUGGACAUCAGCUACGAGCUGGUGCAGAAAUGCAGCAGGGGGCAACGCGAGCUGCGGAGGAGACUCGAGGCGGCCGGCGUCGCCACACUGGAACUGAAAACGGGGAGCAAAGACUGUGAAGACUCUGACAGCAAUUCGUCCCUGGGUCCUACUUAUGCCACCCUGGAGCCAGUGGACCCCGAGGGAAUGGAGGCAAUGGACUGCAGUGCCAGUUCGUCUGGUUGGAGUGGCAAUCUGAGCGUACUAGUCGAAGCGGUGGAGCGGCAGUCGCGGUUGGAGCCGCUGCCCUCGGCAAGUCGCGCGACCAAGGAGCUGGUCUGCGAGUUCUGCAACAAGGUUUUCCACCACACGGGCGACCUCAACAAGCACCGCCGACACCACACUAAAGAGAAGCCGUACCACUGCGAGCAGUGCGACAAGAGUUUCUCGCAUGUCAGCAAUUUGCUGAGACACUCGAAAAUCCACUCGGGCGAACGGCCCUUCAAGUGCGAUUCGUGCCAAAGAAGUUUCAGCCGCAGCGACAAACUCAUGAGUCACACGGCCAGUUGCUCCCGACGCAAGUCGCAUUGACCACUGGAAAAUUGAAAAAAAGUGUGCAUUAAUAUUUGUGUGCUGCUCUUGUGUUUGGAAAAUCGGAAUUCUUGAAGGAAUUUCCAAUCCACUCAAUUUAUUACUAUUAUAAAAUCAUUUUUUAUUAAGCAGGCUGGUAUAAUUUAUUAGCCGUUGGUGUUUUCAUACCAAAAUUUUGAUUUUUUAAUUUUGAAAACCUUCAAAUAUUAUUAUUUUGGUGAAAAUUUUAAUGUUUCGUUAGUGGAUUUUAACUUCCCUGAAUUAUUCCUCAUGUCUUACAAUUAAAUGUGGACAAAGAUUUUUUUGUACUAAUUGUAAGUACCAAAAAAUACAGAAUUGUGAGAUUUGACUCAAUAAUAAUUACCUCAUUUGAUGCUGGUUUUCAAUAAAUUCAAAUAAUAUGUGGCUCAUCAAAAAAGAAAAAUUUGAUAUACGCAAAUGACCAAUAGGUUGAAACAUAUAAUUAAUAUUGUGCAUAAUUCCGUAGUCAAUGAAACAAGCUGUGAACCUUGACAUUAGUUUUUAACAAAUGCAUUGGAGCUUCCUAUGUAGCGGUUUUGAUCUGAUGUAAGUAAAUAAGAAGUAUUUUAGCUCAAAGCUGUAAAUUAUAUUUGUGUUAAAAUAAACCGAUGCUUUUGUUUUCAUAAAGCAAGAA